AUGAACAGCCAGCGACAGUCACAUUCGCCCUCUGACAUGGGGUCGCAGAUGCAGUCGCCUCAGGGCCACGCCCACUCCGACUCGACGGGCUCGGCCUCGACGCCACCCAACGCCGCCUUCAACAACGGUCUGCUCGGCAACUCGCUCGGCCUGCUCGACAGCUUCAACCCAAGCUAUCAGCCAUCCUCGGUCUCGAUGUCGCACUCGCAGUCGAGCCCCGCAUACAGCUUCCCCCACAACGCGAACGGCCAGCCGGCGUAUGGCUCCCGGCGUGGCUCGAUCAGCUCGGCGUCGUCAUCGUCGUUCAGCGCAAGCAAUCUCUCCGAGGGGCACGCGCACCCCAACGGAUACUCGCCGCGGACCUACCAGGCGAGCGUGUCGCCGGCGGGCCUGCCGAGCUCGCUCUCUUCGAUCUCUGGCCUGGCCAUCGGAACUCCCGAUACCCCUCACCACCCGGAGCUCCACCAGGACUUCCAGUCCCACCUCGGCCAGUCGCCAUUCGUCCACGGCCAGCACAACGCUCUCCUCGCCAUGUCCCAUGGCCGAGACGAUGCAGGCGAGAUGCCACCGCCGAUGACCAAGCGCCGCGCGGUCCAGUCUUUCGACGCCGGCAUGUUCCAGACCAGCAGCUUCGAUGACCACGGACGGGGACCGAUGCCCUCGCUCGUCGACUCGGAUGGAUCCGACGAGACCACGCCGAUGCCCCCGUCGACGGGAACCUUUGCCGGCUUCCCCUCGACCGACCUCAGCGACUCAUUCAGGCACGGUCACUCGCCGCUCACGCCCAUCACGGCGGGCCACCGCGCAUCCUACAGCGGCCCCUCAUACCCUUACCCCACCCCGGGCCACUCGCACUCGCACAACACCACCCCGGACCACUCCGUCCGUGGGCUCGGCUCGGCACAGACGUCGCCCUACUUUGCCGGCCUGCCGCAGGCGCGCAUGCAGAGGACCGACAGCUUCGACACCGAGGGUGCCGGCCACGUCGAGUUCGGCACCUCGCCGUGCAGCAAGGACCCGCCGGCGCUGCUGACCCUGUCCAAGCUGCACGCCACCAAGACCGAGAAGCUCGGCGGCCCCUUCUACCGCAACGAGCCGUUGAGCCCGCACUCGUUCCCGGUCCACCGCGCCAGCAUCUCAGAGAUGCCCAACGGCGUGGGCGCCUCCGCCAUGGUCCGCGGCGCGUCCGCUCCCGCUCACCACCCUGCCCGGAGCGGUUCGUCGUCUGGCGGUUCCUCUCAGGGCUCGUUCCCCAUGACGCCCACCUCGGCUUCGUUCCCCGGCAUCGACUUCCGCAAGGCCAACAUGUACCCUACCACGCCCGGCAGCGUGCCUCCAUCGCCCGGCUACGAUGCCUACUUCAGCGCGCCCGGCAUGUCGUUCUCGAGGAGCAGCACGGGCUCGCUCGCCUCGCCCGUCGCCGUCUCGCCCGGCUCGCUGCUCGACGGACGCAGCAGGAGCAUGUCUGGCUCCGUGACCCGCAACACGCCGCGCAGCCGUGCCCGCAACACCGGGCCGCCGCCGCUCAUCGUCAGCUCCGCCGACAAGCUCCACGUCUGCCACUGCGGCAAGCGGUUCAAGCGCAUGGAGCACCUCAAGCGCCACAACCGCACGCAUACCCAGGAGCGCCCGCACAAGUGCCCCGUCGAGUCGUGUGGCAAGUUCUUCGGCCGCUCCGACAACCUGGCCCAGCACCUCAAGACGCACUUCCGCCCCGCCGGUCUGGUCGGCCGUUCGUCUGAGCUCCUCUCGCUGGCCACGGGUGGCGACAAGUUCAGGUCCAACGAGCCUCGUCACGAUCCUCAUGCCGCCGCCCAGUCUGCUGCCGCCGCCGCUGCCGCCGCCCACGCCGCCGCUUCCACAAAGGGCCGUGGCUCGAUCUCCGAGUCGGCCCUCGGCGGGCCCAUCGCGCUCAGCAAGCCGCAGCAGCCACGCCAGGUGCUCAGCCCCAGCGGCGGUGUCAGCGUCAAUGGCUCGCCCACCUCGAUCGGCGCCCCCGUCCUGAUGCAGCAGCCGACGGGCCUCUGGUAG